AUGUUACCAUAUCUGUUCCCAACGGAGCUGCUGCUCCAGAUAUUUCAAUCUUGCACAUCCAUUGCCGACAUUCUAAACUUAGCUCUUACCUGCCGCCGAUUUCACCAAAUUUUUGCAUCCUCUCAAAAGCUGCCACUUCUUGCCUCUGCUGCAGAGGCUGAAUACGGUCCAUUGAAGGAUAUUAUCCAAUUGGUGACUCAGAACUCCAGCCAGCCCGCACAUGCGAUUCGCGAAGCUCCCCUUUCAAUCAAUCUCCUUCAGCAAAUUGUUGCAGUUGGGCGUGUGGCUCGAAAAUGGGAGGAAAUUUACCCUGUCAAGAAAUGGAAAGUCGACUUCGAAGAUAGACGACUAUUGACCGACCACGAACGAUACACCCUUCGCCGCGCGAUUUACCGACUAUGGCUGUAUUCUAGGGCAUUUCACUGCGCUUUCUACCCACGCGGGUCACGAGCAGUUCCUGCCGUGGUCCGCGAGCGAGCUGAGUUGCUGCAUAAUUGGUCAACAGACGAACUAGCUGAGAUAGAAGACACGCGCCUGGUCAUUCGUGAAGUGGUUCAAAAUCAUAUUUGUCCGAGUAACGGUACUAUUCAGCGAAAGUUCCACAAGCGUUUCCCUGAAAACACUCAGUCCCUCUCGUUCAACAUUCACUUGAACUACCCUCCAUCGCACGGUUCGUCCGAUUUUUACUUUGCGGAUCCUUAUCGUUCGCAUACUCCGCCACUCCAUGACAAGGAAACCUUCUUCCUUAACCCCUCGAAAAAUGAUCGAUCUGGAACAAGCCAAUUCUCAACUUCCACAAACAAAUAUGCCACCAAAUUUCGCUUGGAUCUUUAUCAUGAUCCAGGCGCAGAGGGCUGGGGCGAUGAAAUCCCUCAUUAUUAUGUGGUAGAGGAUAUGUUGAAGUUAGAUCCCGGACAGGUCAUCUGGUUGAGGGAGAACACGCGACUCAAGGAACAAGUGGAACGAUACGUCAAGUCCAUUGGAGAAUGGUUUGAAAAUAACGGAGAAACCUUUGGUCAGACUCUUGAAUGGGUUCUUAAUGAGCGUGGAGAAGACAUAGAGGCAUUCAAAGACGCCAUCUUUGAUCAGGAACUGGGAAUUGCAAAAUCUGAUAUGUGA